AUGGAGAGUAGUAAGAUGGUUGUUUUUGUGCUGGUGGUGUCCAUGGUGCUUGUGGCCACAUUUGCUCCGUUCGCCUUUGCCCACUGUCGGAAUGAACUUCCCUCUUCUUCCAAUGGAGUUACAGUAAUUAAUAGUAGGGUUUCCCUCUCAAAGAUAAUGUGGGAAGGUGGAGUCAGCAGAAAUGAUGGUUGUUCCGGUUCCUCAUGCAAUAUCCUCAAUGACCCUUGUUGUCCCGGUUGUUCUUGCCUUCCCGUUGCCCUUCUGGUUGGAGUAUGCGUUGGGGGUUAG